GGAACAAUUUGACAAUGGUGAAAGAGGACAAUUUGACAAACUACCGGGGAAAUUCUGCCGGUAAGGCUCCGACAUACACGGGUGAUAAAAACAAAACGAAGAUGGCGACCAAAAACAAGAAAUGGGUCCGUCUAGCCACUGUCCUCGCCUACAUUCUCGCGGUGUCGCUGGCGGCUAUAGUUUUGGCGAUAUACUACAGUGUGCUCUGGAAACCCGAUCUGCAGGAGACCAACGGUACUAGAGUGGACGCAUCAAGUAAUACCCCAAGCACUGCCCCUCCUGGCAUCUCUUUGGGUUCCACUGAAGCCGCCCCCACUCCAAGCACCCUCAGUAAUGUGAACAGUGGAUCAGCAGGGAACACACCAAAUAAUACCUUGACAGAAACUGGGUGACUUUGGCACAACUCUCCAUAUACCUAUGGUCCACUAAUUGUUAUUUACCUAAAGGCCUGGCUGGGGGAUGGUUGAAAGUUGGACACACAGCAUAACUUGCAGCCAAAGUGCAAUAUUAUUUAUUAAGUGUGGUAUAUAUAUUACAGAUAUAAAAAGAAAGUCAAUGGACUAAUUUAUUUAAUUUACUUUUAUAUGUAUUGUUUGAUAUAAUGUGGUUUAUUGUGUGUAAUAUAGACAGGGAAGUUGUCGGCUGUCAAAUCAUCAUGAAAUUGGGUUCUCAUUUUUGAUUUCUUUAUGGGCUUUUUAUUUGGUGUUUCACAUCUUGGAGUUCAGAUAAUACUCUUCUUAUUUCACUUUUAGUUUUUUAAACUACUUAAUUCUACUUAAAAGAAUUUUGUUGUAAGCCCCAAUGUUAAAGGGGCAACAAAUAUGGAGGGUUUAGUAUUAUCCCAAACUACGUCUCUUACAGUGGUUUGUGUAAUGGACCAGUUUCAGUUUUGCAUGUAUUAGAUUUAUAUUUUGUGAAAAUAAGGGUGGAGAAAAAAAUUACUUUGAAAGAUAACACUUUGUAAUCGCUGCCUUGUGAAAUGGCAGGAUAAGUAGACAUUCCCAAUUAGGAGUCGGGAGCAGAGGCAAGUUUAACUUAAAACAACUGGACUUAACUUUUAGACCUAACAUUUUGGUCUUCUUCAAUUCAGGAUAAAUUUGUAGUAGUCCACUGAAGUAAGUUAACAACAAUAGUCAUUUAAAACGUUUUUUUCUUUAUAUAGAAAACAAGCAUAAUAUGUCAUUGAAGUAUAUAACUUAUGAUUCCUCUUGUGCCAGAAAGGUAAAAAAAAUUGUGGUGUUACAGAUAAGACCACUUUCGUUCUUAAGUACCCAGUACCUUGAGCCCUUGUUCUCUCACACUUGCUACAAGGAGUUAAGCCUGUCAUUAUAGUGUUAUCAGGGAUCCUUUGAAUUGGUCUUUAUCCCAUCCUAUUGAUAAAUAAAAAGGUCAGUCAUUUUGAUAUGCAGGGUGCUUUUUAUUUAAAUAUAUGUAUGUUGUUUAAUAGUAUUUAAGGUGCUUGUUCAAUUUUUCACGUUGUUUGUAAUACUAUUAUAAAACUAUCUUGUCUGAUAUAAUCUAAAUCAAAAGUGGUGCUGAACAUUUAAAUUGCUUAAACUGAGUGUUGAUGUAUGAAUUUAUUUAUGUUCAUAAUGUGAUAUUUGUUAGAUAUUUUGUAUGGCCCAUAGUACUGUUGUCUUUUUUUCUGUAUUUUGCCUCUCAGUUGAUGUUUUUUGGCUUUUGUGUCAUGGCAGUACUAAUUGUACCACCAGCGUAGGCGCUGGCGGUACACAUGGUUUUAGU